CUGCUCUCUGCUCUACACCUCUGCUAGUACCUGAAUCUCGAUGGCAGAUAUCACCGCUUCCCAGGCAUCAAAGAAGCCCCUUGUAUUCCAUCAUCUCGAGGAUUCCCGAUCGCAGCGCAUCUUGUGGUUGCUCGAAGAGCUCAAGGUCCCAUAUGAGCUGAAAGAGUACAAGCGCAUUGGUGGCCGUGCUCCAAAGGAACUCACAGCUGUCCAUCCGCUCGGCAAGUCUCCAGUCAUUACCGACAAUGGCAAAACCAUUGCCGAAUCUGGUGCGAUUGUGGACUACAUCAUCAAGAAGUACGAUACAAACAAGACUUUUGCACCGCAGACUGAGGAUGAAGAGUUGCAGUACAACUACUGGCUACACUUUGCCGAGGGGACGACCAUGACGCCUCUUGUCUUGCUUUUGAUCUUCGAUACUGCUUCCAAGACGGUCCCCUUCUUUGUUCGCCCACUCGUGAAUGGCAUCUUUGGUGCCAUCAACAAGCAGUACACCUUUCCCGAGUGCAAGAAGAACUUUGGGUUCAUUGAGCAGACACUGCAGAAGCAGGCCUUCUUUGCAGGUGAUCGGAUCACUGCUGCUGACAUCCAAAUGUCUUUCCCCAUGGAGAUUUGCGAUCGCGCAGGUGUGCACGAGCAAGCGUACCCUGCCAUCUAUGCGUGGCGCAAGAAGAUGGGUGCCCGUCCUGCAUACCAGGCUGCGCUCCAGAAGACAUCGCUGGCCUAUGCCUACAAGCUGUAGUGUCUUUGUUGUAGCAGCAGUUGUAGAAGCAGUAUAUGUGACUG